UAGCGUGCAGGGUUUCCCGUCCUGUCGCUUCAAAACAGCACGGGCACGGCUGCGCGUGAAAAGCUGGACCUAGCAAACGCGUAACGCGGAAAAUGUGAGGGCUGCCGCGCCACAGGUGGUUGAAUGAAGACGCGCGGGGUUUCUCCAAAAACUGCGUCUUUGCACUGGAUGACCCGCGCGGCUUCUCCCUGAACGCGUCGAACAGGUGAGGGUCCCCUUAGUUUUGGCGUGACUUGUUCAUGGCAAGCCAGGCCUGGCUGGAGUCUUCCCUUCGGCGCUCGGGGAGUCUGGGCCUGGAGGUGCUGGAGCGGGCCUCCAGGCGUAGCGUAGACUGGACCAGCACUGGCGCAUCCCAGACCCCAACUACUACGGAUGAAGACACGCAAAUCCCUGUCAAGACAACCCACACAGAGCUCAGUGAUGCUUUUGCAACCAUCGCAGAGUUCAUGGCCCAGACGACCUAUCAGUGCAAGAGGUUUUAUGAGUCGGGCCGUUGCGCUGAGCCCACUGAUAGUGAGAGGAACCACGUGUCUAGGUUCCACACUCGACGCGCCGCUGGGAAGACGACACCUGCACUGCCGACCAGGAAACGUGUUCGCAUGUCGGCGGAAGGCGAAGAUUUCUACAUCGAGGUUUCACCUGGGACGUACGCCAUCACUGCCAGCAUGCCGGAGUCGCAGCAGCAGACUCAGCUGCACCUGGAAGUGACUGAAACGGAGAGCUGUGGUUUGGCGAGGCGUUGAUCUGCGGGACAGGGAAGCUGAACCUCGCCGGUUGCGAGGUCCUCCUGGGCACUGCACUCUCUGCAGAUUAAAAUUAAAACUUUAUAAACACGAACAGAUCUCCUGCAGGUUAAGUGGUGGUACGUUACACUGUCACCGCUUUGCAAUGUGCAUGUUUUUGAGGGAAACUUAAAGUGCAACACAGUUUAACUAUAUUUAUAUAUAUAUGUAAAACAUCAUAUCAUAUUUCUCUUAAUGGUUUUCGUCCUGACAAAGAUGUAUUUUCCUACAUGCCUGAAGGGACUUUUCGAUAAACAUUUCAAUAACCUGAACAUCUGGUUCUGUGAAAAGCCGGAACGUGUAGUUCUCUUUGCUCUGGAUGAAUGGUGCCCUCUUUCGGUUUUUUGUGCUGUAAAGCAGUAAAAGAGGAUUUCCCUCAGAAUCCAUCCUGGUGGAAGAAGCAACAGUAGGUCUGAGCAGUGGUCAGUAACUUUUGAAUACCUCAAGCUGGACACGUUACGGAUUUUUGUCACCUUAAAAGGUUAAACAUAGAACCCUGAACUGUUUUUCAAUUUGUGCUCAUUUUAGUCGCUUUCGGGGGAAAUCAAAGACCAGAAUUGAUCAGUUUGGUCAGUGUUUGUGUUUCCCACCUGGCUGUCUGUGCUGAGGCUCUGGCCCAGUUCUCCUCCAGUACCUCCAGGGAGGACGUUGUCGUUUUUUACUCCUCAGCCUCACUGCAGGAGGAAACGUUACUCUGGUCUCGUCCUCAGAACGAGAUGAAGAGGGCACCUCCGGGUCGCUCUUCCUCACGAGUGUCUCUCUGAGGUCCACCCGCUUAUCUCUCUCUCCGCCCCCUCAAAUCCAUCCAUUCUUCCAAGGCUGGACCUACAGCUGGCAAGAUGCAGAUGCUGAGCAGUCGGUGCAGAACAGCCGGGGAGUGCAGGAGGAGCUGCGAGCGCAAAGCCAGCUGCAAUACGGAGCGGGAGCUGAUGUUGGGAUUUGGAGCUCCCUGACUCUCCUGUCAUAGCUGGAUGCUGAAAUGGGUAAAAACAGGGUGGCAGGAACCAGAGAGACGCAGCCGUCCCACAUCAGCGCCCGGAGACUCGUAACACCGGCAACUGCAGAAGAGAAGACUGAGAUAUCAGAGUGAUUUACUGGGGGUGUUGGUGAAUAGAUAUGUGCUUUCUUUAUACAUUUAAACUGGCACCGUUGCUGAAUUAUCUGUUUUUUGUUCCUGUGUGCCAUGUGCCCGUGGAAGUACAGACAACUAUCCCUGAAUUACUUUUGAUACUUGAGAAAACUUAAAAACGGGAUGAUUCUCAGGCAAGUUCUGAAGCGUCUUUUUUCUAUGAUUUGUAAUUGGUUUUUUUUCCUUUCCCCUCUUCAAUCCACCAAGUCCCAUCCAGUACCCAUCAAUUUCCGUCACGCCUUCCCCAGCGUCCCUUUCGAACCGUCUGUAAUCACAUAACAGCUCCCUCUUGUGGCCCGAGUCAGACACUGCAGGUAGUCCCUGGCGUUGCCGUCCGUUGCUUUUAUAUUGUUGUUUUUCUUCUUAACGUGUUUAAAGUCAUUUACAGUUGUACUUAGGUAUUUUACUUAAACAUCAAAAUAUGCUCAAAGUACCAAAAGUAAAAGGGCUCAUAAUGCAGAAUAAUGUAUAUCAUCAUAAUGUACUAUAUAUUAUUGGAUUAUACGGUAAAGGUUGAUGCAUUCAUGUGUACAUCACUUUAAUGUAGCAACUGGUAAAGGUGGAGCAAAUUUGAAUUACUUUAAUUACAGCUGGGUGGCCUGUGAACCCCAGCCCCCCGAUCUAAAAUAUCUUAUCUUAUAUCUCAUUUUACCAUAAUACAUCAUGAUUUAUUUGUUCAUUAUAUUUUCUAUAAUGAAUCUGAAUCUACAAAGUAUCUCAAAGUAUCAGAUAAAUGUAGUGUAGUAAAUAAAAUUACAAUAUUUGCCUCUGGACUGUAGUCGAAUGGAAGUAUAAGGUAUGAGAAAAUGGAAAUACUCAAGUGGAGUACCAGUAGCUCAAAACUGUACUGAAAUACACUACUUGAGUAAAUGUACUUAGUUACAUUCCACCACUGAUACUGAACCUCGAAAGGCUUAAGACGGUCAGCGUUAUCGGUUGUUUAUCUGGAAAUGUACACAGGAAUUUCGACCCUCUCCACCUCUGACUGACAGUGACAGGAAACACAGUGAUGGUGUUUGUGUUCUGUCACUGGGAAAAUCACCAACAAUAAAGGAAGCAGAUAAAU